UUGCACAGCCUCGAUUACAACGCUAGGUAGGACAUCGUCUUGCUUCAAGUUGCUUUGACUGAGCUGGGGGACCAAUCUCUUCUCUGAUCUAUAAGUAUGUCGCAGAGAACCGCCUACCAUGAUUGCCUGAAGAGAUAUAUUAAGCUGAAUCAAGCGCCGGUUGACUACAUUGGGUAUCUAUCACACUCCAUUACGAACAAACGUAUCGGUACACGCGUGUGACCAGAUACACCAUGCGUCUCAACGUCCUCGUACUGUUGUUCUGCUCGACUGGCGCUCUCGCACAACGCACUUUAGGCUGUCGUAUGCCGAAUAAGUCUCUGAAUCCAAGCCCAAACAUUUGUAACGCUGCCGGUGGCACGUUUGUGAUGAUUAAUCGUCAACCUGGUUGUUGUACUAGGGGAAGGGAUGGUCCUGUUGUCACUGAAUCACGUUUUAUUAGCGGAUGCAACGCCAACGGGGGUUUUGUUAGUGGGCCAGAGGUGCUGGCUAACUCAUGUUAAAAAGAGGCUAGGGUGAGACGGCCGAACAGGCAACCAACAUGCACAUUGUAUCACGCGGACGACAGAGACAAAAACACUCAAAAAGGCCCUCCACCUGUGACCAUUUUUCGCUGGCAUCACAUAUCGGGAGUUAUACUCAAGAAGUAUGAGAAUUUGUUUGUCGAGGACUACAUUCGCAUGUUUUGGUUUAUUUCUACAUACGGUGCUUCCACAAUCGUAGUAAUUAUGUAUUAUCUCGUACAUAUUGCAAAUGGAAGCCUUGUCCCUACCACAAGGUAGUUGGCUCGAACCGUGGGUUGACGAAGAGGUCAAUUGAACUAUA